AUGGGUUCGAGUUUUCAAGAUGAACCCAGAAACAAGAAACCGAAGCUUGCUGAUGAAGAAGAGAAGACGGGGAUCUUGAUCAAGAACCACCCUUCUGGGUUCGAGAUUUUACCAAGAGAUUUGCUUCUCGAUGUUCUUACCAGGUUGCCGAUAUCCUCACUGAUGCAAUUCCGGUUCGUAAGCCGGUCAUGCCACGCCUUGUCUCACGAUCCUGAACUGCCGCGCCUCCACCACCCCACGGCGGCGAAAUCAGACCCCAUCUUGGUGUUCCACUGCGAUUACCCGAUCCGUAACCAGCUUUAUUUUGUCGGCUACAAUGGUGACCACGGUGGUGAUAAGAUUGUACGAAAGAUAUCCACACCCUUUUGUCGUUCUAUGCCGGAAUUCAACGUCGUGGGCUCUUGCAAUGGCUUAUUGUGUUUGUCCGAUUCACUUUAUGGUGACCCGGUCUACGUGUUCAACCCGUUCACCAGAAACCACAUCGAGCUACCAAAAUCCAAACAGUUUCAAGACCAAGAAGUAGUAUUCGGAUUCGGGUUUCACCCUCUUACAAACGAGUACAAGGUUGUUAGGAUCGUAUACUACAGAACCCCACGUAAGUUAACUCGAAACAACAGGAGUUACCCUAAAUCCGAGGUUCACGUCUUGACCAUUGGCCAACCGGAUUCCAACACGUGGAGAUGCCUAGGGAAAGUACCUUAUCAGCUAGACAGGCAAGCUAAAGAAGUGGUAGCUGUUAACGGGCGGCUCCAUUUUGUGAGCCGCCCGGGUCGCCUGGGCGGGCUUCCAGGUCGAACGAUUGUUUCGUUCGACCUGAAAGACGAGCAGUUCAAGCUCGUCUCGAAGCCUGUCAACAGGAGCAACUACCACCUGGCGGUGAUCGAAGGGUGUCUCGCGGCGGCAGUGUCAUGCGGAUACGGGAAGUUGGAGAUUUGGGUGAUGAAGGAAUACGAUGUGAAAGAGUCGUGGGUGAAGCGGUUCGAUAUCCAUGGGGCUUAUCUUGCAAACUUCCCGAUUCAUAGUCAUGAGAAGAUGGUUAGGGUUUUGUGUGUGUUGAAGAAUGGUGAGAUUUUGAUGGAGUAUAGAGGUGGGAGUUUGGUGAAGUAUGAUCCAAAGUGGAAGGAGUUUAAAGAUGUCGUGUUUCAUGGGAUGCCUAAGUUGUUUCAAACAAUUGUACAUGUAGGUAGCCUUAGUUGGACUCAUACACCAAUCUAUAAUCUAUAA